GUUCUGGAAUAUCCGCCAUGACAGCUGAUGUCUUGUUGAAGACUUGACGUUUUGUCAGAACAUGACAUUUUGUACAUUUUAUUUAAACAAAUGGCUGACUCUUUUUUCGGAUUUGAUACCGCUCUACUAGGUAGUGGCUUAGACGAUGCUAUAGACUGUCCUUUAGAUGGAGAUGAAAUUGAAGAUGAAGAAUAUGACGCCUUGAACGACGAGACUUUCGGCUCCGAAGCGAUAGCAGGUGACUGGGAACAAGAUCAUGAGAAAUUGGCACAAAUCACUGAAUCUAAAAGACCACAUCAAACCCAAUCAAUUCAUCACACCAAUCAGAAAAAUGGUGUCGACGUGGAUAUUAAGGAUAGUCUUUCUCACUUGGUAUUGGAUGAGAAGGAAGGAAUUGUUCCGCGUCCAGGUGUAUGGGACAGCCCAUCAAGCCUUCCAAUAGCUCCAAAAGCACCUCCUUUAUCCGUGGCCUUGAAAAAUGUAUGUACAGUUGAAGAACUGGAAAGAGGUCUUAUCAGUAGACCACCUCCUGGAUUACAAAAACCAAUAACACCAACAUCGGUAUUAAAUACUCAAGCUCCACAAAAUGAUCAAUUAUUGCUAGAUCAUGCGAAAUCAUUACAUCGACAAAUCAAUAGUUAUUUCGAUACCUUACCUCCAAGAUAUUUCCAACAUAUGAUAGCUGAGUUAGCUCCAAUACGCACACGAGCACCAUGUGUGGUACCUUGCCCACCAAUAUUGCCAAAUUCACGGCCUUUAGCUCCUAAUCAAGCUCCAAAUCUUUUAAGGUAUCCUUUAUCACCUCCACACCUUAUGUUAGCUCAUAGAAAUCAACAACAAGCACUUCAUAGAAAUUUUAUGGGCAAUUUUUCACAACCACCCAGACCUAACAUACCACCACCUCAAUUUACAAGGCCUGAGCAAUUUCAAUUUUUGCAACCACCAUUUAAUAAUAAUCAUCCAAAUCAUUUACUACCCCAUUCUCAACAACAACCACAACAACAUCAGCAACAGCAGCAACAACAACAUUCUAAUAACCAGAGAAAUCAAAAUAGAUCUUACCAUAGUGAUCCACAGCCAUCAAAUAAUCAUCAACCGUUCUUUAAGAGUAAUCAACAUUGGAAUAACAGAAAUAAUCAGAAGCAUUAUCAUCAUAAUCAUGGUGUCAAUGGUUUAAACGAUAAUAGCGAGUAUGAUGAAUAUGCUGGAAUGAUGAGUAACCGUGAGAAACAAUGGCUGACAAACAUACAGAUGCUUCAACAUAACACUAAUCAACCUUACUUCGAUGAUUAUUAUUACACAGUGUUUUGUGAACGUCAAAACAAAAAGAAUGAAAAUCAGGAUAAACAAAAAGAUAAAAAAGUUCAUAAUAAGAAUGGAUAUCGUGAGAAAGAUAAAGAUCAAUCACAAAAUAUACUCACGAAAGUUGUUUAUACUCCCAUGCAAUUUGAAAAUUCAUUAGGAAAAUUGCAGUGUGGUUCUGUAACAGCACCAAGGAAAAUAAUUGAUAUGGAUGUAGUUCCAAGUAAUGAACCAACUCAGAAUUAUUCGUCACAGCAGAAAGAUAUGAAAAAGGCUCGUCAAAGAUUGUUAGAAAUUGAACGCUUAUUCACAAUACAAUUAAAGCUUGAAGAUAUUAAUAAUCCACUGGCACAAUUAGCUGAACAACAAGCUCAGCAAAUGCAGCAACAGCAGCCUGAUCAAGAGCCAGAAAAUAAACCAGUCAAGAAGACGGCGCCAGAAUUGAUUAAUAUCAUGUUGACUUCAAUUUUCCAGCUUCUUCGCGAAGACAAAUUAGCUAGCAUACUGAGUAUCCGGAAAGGAAAAACUUUAUUACUUCGAUUUUUACCUUUUCUCAGCGUUACGGAGUAUACAAAUCAACUUGGAGAAAUUUGGGUAGGAAUCAUACGAGGACUGGCAGUUAUUUGUCGUCGAGAUGCUAAUUUCCUAGUUCGAUUUUUCCCUGAAUUUUAUCGAUGGAUUGAAACCGUUAAUGACUUUUCUAUGGUUUUACGCUUAGCCAAAGCAUUUUUAGACUCUGCGACACAAACUAAUAAAAAUAACAAUAGCCUGGCAUCUGCUGUCACAAAUAAGUUUGGCGUAUCAGUAAUCUCUUCGUUAUUAGAACGAGCGGAAAAUUUAUAUCCGGAAGACGAUAAAUUGAUAUCAGAGUGGUCAACAUUUGUUGUAACUCUUGCUGAUACUAUUGGUAGUACACCACCAAAUGUUGCACCGUGUCAACCGAUCGCGGCUAAUACACUCAACGAACAUUUGCACAGAAUUCAUGGUCUAACGAUCGAGAGGUACGCGCCAAUAGAAUCUUUAUUAACUGAUGCUAAUCCAUCACGAUAGACUGAUAACCUGUGAGUAAAUUUUAUUUUAUUUUUUUCGUCUCGAUUUAUAUUCGCAAUAUUUAUCUUCUUAUUUGCAUCGAAAAAUUUUUUUCCGUCAUUGAACGUUCUUCCAUCCAAGGGAUGUAAAUAGAAAUAAUUGCGAUUAAAGAACGAUUAAAACAAUUAAUGUUUUGUUUUUUAUAUCGAUUAAUAUAAAUUGAUUAAAAAUAUAUGCGAAAAAUAAAAUACAAAAUUCUAGAGUAUGGAAGAAGUACAAUACCUCUACAAAUAGCAACAUGGAAUAUUACUAAAUAAUUUAAUUAUUUUUGAUUCUUCGUUGAAUUAUAAUAUCCUGCGCACAUUAUUUGUUUCUAAAAUCAAUUGUAGCAAUUUAUAGAUUUUUUUGACAUAAAAUAAUUUUAUGUACAUAUUUUGUCUGUCGAAAAUAAACUAAUUGAUUAUUUUAAUUUUUUUUUUGAUCGUGACAGGUAAACAUUUUUUUGUUAAGUAUGUAUAAUCUAUUAAAAAAAAACAAUCAUUCGGCGAUAAUUUAUCUAAUACAUUGCUUUAUGUACAUUUAUCUUGUACAUAGUGUCAAGAUUGAAAUUUAUUAGAAUGUAUAAUAUUGAUCAUGCGAAAAGAAUUUUUUUGUUUUAUAUAUUAAGUGAAAAUGAACCGAAAAAUAAUGAAGAUUUUUACAUUGAUGAU